AUGUUGGCAACCGUCAUAAAAACCUGCCCCUCGGCAGAGACCGACUUUGAGCAACUCAGCGAGUACCAGUCGCAAACUCCACAGACGUUCUUUGACGGAAAACCCGUCCUGCACGCCCAUGACAAGCAUGUCAAGGCCUGGGUGUCGGAAGAGCAGCAUGAGCGCCUAUUCUUCUUCUCCAAGGACUCGACGAGGCCGAGUUCGCCGCACAAUGCCGCGCUGGAGGGCAACGGGCAGGGCAUGGUAGAGGAUUCCCAGGUCGAGGUCUUUGUUGCGUCCAACAAGUUGACCCUCUUCUCUCGCGGCACCGGUAUGGGUAUCGAGAUCCCCUACCCAGCUAUUACACUGCACGCUGUCAAGCACUUCAAGAAUCUCGGUUCUUCCUCUUCAGAAAACGCGUCUGCAAACACUGGCGCCUCCUCGCCCCCGCUGGAGGAAUUUGAUGGAGUGUACAUGCAGCUCGAGUUCUCCGACACCAAUGCCGGCGCCGAUGACGAUGAGUCGUUUGAGCCCAUCGAGCUCACUCUCGUGCCGUACGUUCAGGCCCCGACACAGCCAGCGGACUCUUCCGCGGCAGCACAGGGCACCAGCAGCAGCGGUAACGCGGACAGGACGAAAACGCUCUUCACCGAGAUAUCACGGUGCUCGAAUCUCAACCCGGACCCGCGCGACGGCGACGAGGAUGACGACGAGUAUAUCGACGACGAGGGUAACGCGGACAGGAUAGUCUUCGAGGGCGACCACGAGGCGCAGUUCGAGGUUCUGGACGGGUUCUCGGGCGCGUUCCGUGGUGAUAGCGGCGGUGGUCUGCCGCCGCCCAUGCCGGGCAGCUCCGGCUGGAUCACCGCUGAGAACGUGGAUCAGUACUUUGACGCUGAAGGCAAUUGGAUUGGCGGUGGCGAUGACGAGGAGGGUGGCGUGAGUGGCGAGCUUGGGGAGGGAGCAGGACGGGUUCGUGGUAGGGACGAGGUUGAGGGAGGCGAGGCCGCAAGUGGUCAGAAUGGUGUGAACGGUCAUCAUGCCGAUGAGGAUGGCGAUGGAGAUGCCAAGCGGCCUCGGGUUGAGUGA